GAUUCUGAUACUAUCCAGUUAUGUAGCAAUUCCUCUCUUGAGAUUAAAGCAAAGGAAUUGGAAAAUGAACUGGAGAAAAUUACGCAAAAUUCAUCAUUUAAGGAUGGGUUAAUUUUCUGCCUCAGAUUUAGGAUAAGUGAUCUAGAGUACCAAGCUGAAAGAGAUGAACUAGAACAGAUCCCUUUAAAAUCACAUCCGUCAUCUAAUGAUUUAAAAACAGGUGGCGAUAAAGAAGAAGAGGUAUCCAGUUUCUUUUCUGAAGACGCUUAG